CACCAUGUGCACGAAUCUAAGCGUUGGUUUAAGAAGUUUUCCGACUGAAUCAUUUUAAACCCGGAAGCUUCAAUCCCAUCCCUUUGUUGAUGUCAAUUAGCAGAAGUGCCAUCACCUGGAAUCAAAAGCGUCCGCUUCUGUUGGAGGAAGUUUCACUUGUGCUCAGGUAAGGUAACAUGAGAACCGGCCUAUUGUUGCUCUAGUGAUGUAGCGGUGUGGCUGUCAUCGAAGUAUGCGUGUACAUGUUGGUCAUGUUGUGGCGCACACCGUUUACAUUUUGCAUGCAAGUAAAAUGUCCCCUUGUUGCUAAAUAUGUGAAUACGGCCUCCAGAUGGCUUCGAGGUUUGGCCUGAAGACAGUCGGAAGAUGCUCGGAGUCCUCGGACUCCCAGGAUCCCAGCCCUGUGAAGGAGCUCUCUCACAGCUCCUCCUGGUGGGCUGACCGGGAGGAGCAAGGAGACGAGCUCAGGGAGCAUCUAAAGGAGAUGGAUACACAUGUGGCCAGGCUUCAGGACAUGCUGAUAUGUGAACAGGCCAAAUGCACUCGUCUGCAGCUGCGGUGUAACCAGCAGGAGGCGGAGCUUAGGCUUAGAGAGCAGCACACCAACAGACUGAAGGAGCGAUUGUCUCAGCUGACCGACCGACACAGAGAGAAAGGACCCUCAAUAGAGGUGUUGAACUUUCCGCCUGGAGGUCGAGGCAAAAGAGAAACGCCAAUCAAACCAUUCAGGCCUACUGCCAAAUGGGAAGAGGCGACGCUGCGUCUGAUGCUGGAGCGCAGAGAAGCAGAGCUCAGGGAGGCCAUGAAGCUGCGCCACAGCCUCACCACUUUACUCCAUGCACUCCGAGUCGACAUGGAGCAUACCCUGCCGGAUGUGGUGGAUGUUCAGGAAGAAGUCCAAAGUGAAGACAGAAGGCUGGACGAAGCUGAGCGAGCGCUUGGUGACCAUGUGACAGGAGGUGUGGUGUCCAGUUGGAGGCAGGUGCAGAAGAGACUGGGUGACGUCCCAUCUGAAGGAGGCCUCACUGACGUUGAUACCGACCAUGGGAAGCUCCUGGCUCGACUGGAACCUGAACUGGAGGAGAGUCGAGACCUUGUCCGAUUACAACAGCAGAUGAUGGAGGACAGCCUUGCGUCACCCGCCACCGCUGAACUGGCCGAUUCCUACUUUUUGGAAGAGUGGGAACGUCUUCAGGUGCACUGGGCCGAGCUCUAUCAUCAGCGGCGGACUUUUGAAAGGGAGAGGCAGUCCUUCACCGACGCUGCCAUCCGACUGAGCCAUGAGCGUCGGGAUUUUGAGCAACAGAAGGCCGCCCUCCUGAAGCAGCAGUAUCUGUGUGACUCCCCCCUGUCUGCUCAGGAAGCAGCGAGCCACAACACGAGAGGGAGCACAGCACUCGAUUUCUCACGUUUGGGGCCCACCAGCAUAUCUGACCGUCUUCCCAUUACGCCAUCGUCUUCCUCCAAGUCGGGCACGGCUGCUCUUCCUGGAUCCCGAGAGGGAGGAGUUCAAACCCCAAGCACCCCUGAGCUGUACUCUGCCCUCAACCUGUCAUACAACUGCAGAGAGGUCGAUGGCCAGUCGGAGACAUGGGACGGCCCAGUAGACGGGAUAGAUACACGGCAGGCUGCACACUUAGACUGGUCUUUUUAAUACUAUUUUGAUGAUAGCAUGGUGAUUUUAAAAAACACAUGCCACACUAUUUCAGAUUUUUAAAUAAUCAAUAAAUGCUGAUUUAUAUUUCACUCAUUUUGUUUUUUCCAAAGGUGCUGUUUAAGAAAAGAAUAAAAAUACAAUUUAUCUUUAAUCCAGCCUGGCCAAUACAAUAUUUUCUAAAUUGUGUCUGUUUAUAGUUCUAUAAUGACGGAUAUUAAGCAUUUUUAGACUACUGUGGCAUUUAUUUCGUCUUUAAAAAAAAUAUUGUUGUUCAGAAUCCACAAUUAUCAAAUCAAAUUAGCCUGAAAGUCUUUUCUCAUUUUGAGAUUGUUUUUUUGGGCAUGUUCCUUGUUCUUUUGGGCAUGUUCCUUGUUUUUUUGGGCAUGUUCCUUGUUUUCCUUCAUCCACACAUUAAAGUUAUCGCAUGUCUUUUACAUCCAUAGCUAAUGCAGAGAUCAUCAUUUGCACUUUUGCAUCAUCCAGACUGAGUUAUCGUAAAAAGACAAACUGAAAUUUUAAAUAAAAUAUGUCGCCGUAUACAGCGCAAAGCAAAUGUGUGCACAAGGGACCGA